AAGAUCAAAAGAAGAUCGUAGUUUUACUACAACCUCGACGACAUGCUUCAGGGUAUGAAGCACCAACGUCCUUUUUCUUCUGCACUAUAUUUCGCUUGCGCUGUUUGGCAUUGUGUUAUCCUACACACGCUGGUAAGCGGAUUGGAUCCUUGCUACGCUCAGAAGAGUCAGAAGCUACACUCGUCUUUAUUGCUUAAGGCUGGAACAAAGCCUUGGUUUCAAACACCCAAGAAAAGCUUAACCAUUCUAAUCCAACAUAAAUAAACAUCGAAGCAUGUAAUGAGUUAUGUCCGGAACAUGACAUAUGAAACUUAUAAAGCAUAAUGUAUCAGCGCGCAGAUGCUCGCUCAAAGAAGCUCCGACAAAGAGAUCGAUAACCGAACAUGCGCUUUACAAAACGAAAAGAAAGUACCGACCAAGGAUUGUUGAAACAAGAA